AGAUGCUUCUGUCAGCACCAGCAGCCUUCAGGCAGAGACUAGAGGUCUGCAGGUUUCUCCUCCCACACUGCAGCCACUAUAAUACAGUACCUCCUGGAAAGACCUGUAAGGCACCUGAGCACCUUAAARAAGACUGCACUGAGCCAUCCAGUCAGGACCAUGACAUAGGUUCUCACCACCUAGGGCAUCAGACGGCGUGCAGCAGCAAGAGCCUAGGCCAGAGCACACUGAUGACAAAGGGCAGCCAGAGGGAGAUUCAGAGGCAUGCUGUUCACUCAGAGCACAAUGGAGUGAUGGAGAGGAGGAGGAAACCAGGCAUCAUGACCUGUAGGCCAGACCCACAUCAGAACGCAGAUAAGAAAUGGGCUUUCACUCCAGAAAAAAAGAGUAGAAGAAGACCUGGUGGAAGGAGAAGUGAUGGGGCUAAAGGCUACAUCCCCAGCAGCAUCAUCAGACCACAGUCAACACACAUGACCAGACAGGGUGCCAAGCCGGUCCAGAACAAGUAUGGAGACACGUGGUCCGAUAGCUCCAGUACUCCCUCCAGUCCCCAGCACGAGGCACAUGAGAGCCUGGAUAAUGAGGACCUGGAGGACGAGAGAGACACUGCUGAGAGUUACUCAGACCACUCCGUCCAGGAGAAGAGGGCGAGUGAUCACAGCAGAGGGGAAGUUGUAGCUACUGUACACGCUAUAGUCCCUGUCCCCCACAGGGAAGAGCCAUCCUACACUGGCAGUCCCCUGAGUGUACACCCUCUAUCAAUGACGGUCCAGAAUGGGCAAACCAUGACAGACAGGACGGUCAUGGUCACUCCACAGCCGGGGGACGGUUCACCAGCAGAUGGGGCACUGACUGGGACCACCCCCAUGGUUCCUCAGGAGUCCAUCCCAAGCCAAGCUCCCCUGGGAGACUCUGAGAGGCAGAGGCACGUGUCUGCCCCCCUGAGCUCAUCUCAGCUAGCCAAUGCAGGCUCCAGCAUUCACCUAAUGCCCCAGUGUUAUAUGACCCCUACCAGCCCAGAGAGUAGAAGCACUAACCCCCAUCACCAGCCCCCCAUGAGUGUCAUCAGUGUCAUCCUCCUGACCUUCCACAUGUCCCCCCUGAGGCCAGCAUACACCAGCACUGACCCAGCCUCCACCGCCACCCUAGCCCUAGCAGCCUCUCUCCCUGACCCUAGCACCAGGACCCAAGCCCUGGCUGCGCCCACCAGCCUACCCACCCCUACCUCCGUGACACCCUCCUCAGGGGCCACUGUCACCCCAGCUGCAAUCAGCCAGGUUCAGGCCACUCUGCCCCCAGCCGUCCCCACUCACACCCCCGGCCCCGUGGCCAGCCCAGCCCUGACCCUCAUCCACAGCACGGCCCAGGGAGAUGGUACCUCCUGCAGCAACUCUGGGGUGGCAGCAGGGCAGGCCCAGACCCAGCAAAAGCCACAGCCCCAGCAGCAGGCCCACCCUCCACAGCAACAGCAGAUGAGCUGCAACUCCUGUGGUUGCCGUGGCAGCUGUGGUAAUAGCCACUCUGCCGCCCCCAACCCCAACUUCUCCUUCCCUCCCCAGCUGGRGCGCCAGGUCUUCAGCAAUGCCCACCUCCCUCUCUUCCACCUCCCAUCCAUGUGCAGCACUGGAUAUCCCAGCCACCGCAGCCAGGUCCAACACCAGAGCAACGCCACCACCUUUCUACCCCCCUCCACCUCACACAGCCACCCCCACCUYCUCGCCACCUCCACGCCACCCCCACCACAUGCUGGCCACCCAGGCUGGAUACAACCUGCAGCAGAUGGCAGCUGCUCCCUUUAACAGCUUCUACACGCCCAUGUUCGCUUCGUUGGGACUAGGACUGGGCACGGGCACGAUGAAGAGCAGUGCCAACGUCUCUUGCUAUAACUGUGGGCUAAGCGGGCAUUAUGCCCAGGACUGCAAACAGCCCUCCAUGGACGCCGGGCAGCAAGGUAAUAUUGGCCAGGCUAGUGGCAGAGAUAGGAGGUGAAGUCUCUCACAGAGAUUCCUCAUCCUUAGUUUCAGCAUAAGAAGGCAAAGCUUUAUUUGGUAACCUGUUGUUUUUUUUGUUCACUGUGUUUUGCACUGUCCAACAUUUUUAUGUCUGAAGCUGGAUUGUCUGAAUGAGCUCUAUUAAAUACCCAGGCCAAGUGUUAAAACAUAUUUUGAUAGGACUGACUCUGAAUCUGAAAGACUAGCAUAGACUAUGGACAUCACAUUUCUUUAGGUUACUUGUUAGGCACGCGACACUGACACACUCCUAUGUGUGUGUUUCAGGUGACUUUCGGCUGAAGUACACGGCCCCCCCCCACUCCUUUGAAGCAGACCAAACUGACUGACAUGAGAGGGGACCAAGGCAAUGCUUUGUUUUGCACUACAGUAAAGAUUCCAGAAAAUGUUUUCAUGGGUUGAGUUUUUCACCAAUUGUAUUACUUUGCAAAUAUCCUGACUUGUUUCUCCGCAGAGAAUUGAAUCCUGUAUCAUUCUCAGACUUUUCAGAGGACGGUGAUAUUUUGCACUGGAGACAAGUACAAGACAGGCUCACGUUUCCAGACUAGUCUAUUACUUUAAAGAAAGAGAACCACGUCUUUAAAUGGUGUGGUGGUAAACUUGCAUUUAAUAAGGAUUAAUGGAUUGACUGAAGGUUGUCAUAUCCACAUUUCAAAGCAGGUCUUUUUAGUACAUUUCAAUUAGUUUMUUACUUUUUUGUAUUAUCUCAUAGGUGUUCAAAAUGCAAGAUACAGUUUCAAAGCAGCUAGUAGUUAACCACCUAAUUUUCAUUUAUUUGAGAACAAAAUAUGUGAAGAACCUCACGCUCUUAUUUUUGGGGGAUUGUGAUAAAGCGGGGAAAAGAUGCAUGGUUUACAAGAUAAAGUAUGUAUGAAAUAAUUAGUUUUUUGACAGAAUGUGCCAUAAAUACCCUGUAUUUGAUUUGUUUUACAAGCUAAUGGUAUUCCAUUUGAGGGACAUUUUGCAUGAAAAAAGUAAGUUUUAUUGCUGUUUGUUACCACUUGAUAUAAUGUGAAUUAAGUCAAUCAUGUCUCAUUCAUGAUGUUAAUGCUACUGCUGUUUGGUUUGUUUACUGGGGGCAAAAAUGCACUAAUUUGUGUGUAUGUGGGUGGGUCAUGUCACCAAUGCUCUCRGGCAAUGAGAGGACUCUUGUGGAUGUAUUCCCUUGAGCGUAUCUCCUCCUAGGAAGAGAUUUAUUGAGGUCCAAAUCAACCCCACCCCCCCACCCCUAGGCACUUGGGUCGAUCCAAAAUCACCCUAGCCACUUCGGAAAUCUGAAUGGAUUGGAUAGGUUAAAUCAAUGGUGAAAGCUUUACCUGAGCUUGCCUUCUGAUAAGCCAAGUGGAACUCUUGCCAUAUUGCCUUCACCUAUACAAUACUUCCUGAUCUAAGGUUUGAUUUUUGGAUUGGGCUACAGAAUCAAUGGUCCCUUGUCCUACCGCCAUGCAUGUACUGUACCUGUUGAAUGUGUGGCUCUUGCCUGUUUGUGUAGGCUUGUCAAGCUCUUUGUUGCCAGAACGUAUGUGCCAUAUUCCUCCUUUCUCAUGCAGCAAGGAGGUUGUAUUAUGUAUGUAAGUGUAUAUUUGUGCACAGCAGUAAGGGGCUAACUUCACACACAUACUUUACCUGUAUGAUUGACUACUAUACAGAAUAACUUCUGUAUUAGAAAAAAGGUAACACGGUUGUUUGUGGGUUUGAAAGCCACUUGUCUUUCACUGUUCGUUGAGGUGGAUUGUUUUGUUUUCCACACAGGCAAAAAAUGUGAACUAUUUGAAAUGACAUUCAGGUAAAAUCACUGUUUUAUAAAGUGGAACUUAUCCUCUGUUUUUCUGUACGCUGCUUUUCAGUUGUUUUUUUUAAGCAUUUUGUAUUGGAUUUCAGAGGCCUAGUUGUUGACAUUAUUUUAAUUAAUAUCUUUAUUUUGAUAAAGAACAUUAAAGUUGAGGAAAAAUAGACUAUCAAUUUUGGGUUGUAUUUGUUUAACUUUUCUAUAGUUAAAGAUGAUGUGCUGUAGAUUAAGGUAGUGUUACCUCUGAUGCGAUUACUGUAUUACUAAAUGUUAACAUGUAGUUGCUGAAAGGGAAGAAUGCAAUAGUUCCUUCCUGUGCUAAAUUAAGCUGCCAGAAUCUUUUUCUGUUAAGUUGGUAGCAAUCAAACAGCUAAGUUUAUAUAUUUUUUAUAUGGUGAGACACCCAUACUAUAAUGAACMAAAAUAAACACAAUUUUAAUGAGUUACAGUUCAUAUGAGGAAAUCAGUCAAUUUAAAUAAAUACAUUUGGCCCUAAUGUAU